UAGAAACAAGGCCAACAAAGCCUCUGAGAUGCAGUGAGGGCGUAGCAGGAUAAGACCGUGUCACGCAUUUAAAUUAAACUCUCCUUCCGCAAACAAGGAAACGCAGGUCCCAGGUCUGAAAUUACACGUUUAAAUUACGGCUUUUCACGUUUCAGCUUCGGCCUCACAUGUACUGCGACUAAAUGCGUAUUAAUGCACAUUAAUGCAUAAAAAUUGAGCUAUAUGUUAGCAAUUCCAAUGAACCGGUUGGAAGUGGGGAGCUGCACAUUUUCACCAUAAUUUAAAUAAAAUGAUACGCACAUGCAGGUCUUUUAGGUAAUAGUGUGUGUUUCAGAGAAUGGGGACGCUUUGCCCAUUAAUGCAAGCGAGACUAAAUUAGCAUCACAUGUACUGCGCAAAUACAGAAAUACAUAUGACAGUUACAUUAUUAUGUACAUUAUUAUUACAAUUUUAGCUACUCAGCUUGAGAGGAAAAAAAGAACAAAGGAAAAAAGGCAAUGCUGGAAAAAAUCUGACGCACUUUGAACAUAUAUUAUUAAUAAUAAUUUGUGGAAGAAUUCACUGGUAAGCCCUGCUAUUACUUUGCUUAAGGCUAAAACAAAUUAAGUAAAUAUUAUCGAUGCUCAGCGUUCUUUAUUUAAUUAGUUAAUUUGUGCAAAGCCUCUUAUUAACGAGGUUGAAUGGGUGGGUGAGAUAGAGCGGGUGUAAAAGGUGACAAACGCUUAUUUAAAAUUUAAGUCGGGUCUAGUUCGUGAUGAUCUUAUCACUUACCAUCCUUGUGACGCCACCCCAAAAAUCAGAGCUCAUCCAUUCGUAGCAAUGGUCCCGAAAGCAGGAAGGGUCUCUGCUUUGGCUGGUAACUUGUCGCUGCACGUUAUCGCGCCGUCCACCUCCCAGAUGGCACGUGGGCCCACCCAGGUGACGGCGUAAACGGCCCGGGCUGACAGACAUCAGCCGGCUUACGGGCUUCCUGUGGGACUCAGGUGCACCCGCCCUGCCCUUGCGUGUCCCCUCCCAUCAAAUGUGGUGACCAUGUGACCACACUGUAUGAGGUUUGGCAAUGCGGAAUGACGGGAGCUCAGCAGUCUAACCCGGGAGCGUCAAACUCCAGUCCUGGGGGGCCAGAGCCCCGCACAGUUUUUGGUUUACCCUCGUUUAACACACCUGAUUCAACUCCUUCUGCUAAUUACCACACAGCUCUUGAGCUGAAUCAUUUGUGGUAGGAUAGGAAAGACCUAAGCUACACAGGGCUCCGGCCCCCCGGGUUUGACACCCCUGGUCUAACCCCUGAACCCAAAAGCACAACCAUUUCAUUUAUUCUUGUUAUCCUUGACCAUAAAUAAUUUAAUUGUAGAAUCAAACAAUGUGUGGCAUUCCAGUCUGAGUGGUAAUGUGAAGAACUACCACUUCACUUAAUGGUUAAAAAUAGAACAAGCAUCCAGGAAUUGAUAAGUCAUCAGCUACUAAAAGCAGAAUCAAACUGGAAGUAAUGGAUUAGAUCGUGUACUGAUUGCUCACCUGUUCUUUAAAUCGUUUCAUUCCCGAUGUUCGUAAAUUUGAUAUUCAUACAUUUCUUAAUGUUAUCUCCCUGCACGAGAUUCACAUGCAUUGUGUGAAGGCAGAUAAUUGGACCACCCAGUCAUUAAGUAGCGAAGCUACUGUACCUUUAAGACAUUAAGGAGGAAAUGAACUACAUCUCUUGCAGCAAAAUAAGCAUGAUUUACAGGACCCCCACAACAGUUCUGCGAUUGCGAGGUCCUACUCGUAUUAUGCAGCACAGCAAAUUAGACAAUUUAGAUCUUUUAAAUGCAUGCCGUAUGCAAAAUCAUGACACGAAACUCAUUUUCUUCCCAGUGCACACACUCUGCAAAAAUUGUGACACGUCGCAAAUGUGUCACUUUCUGUGGAUGCAGGGGUCCACAACAGGGUGGAUCCCCGGCGAAUCGAUGAGCAGGAUUAUAUGUGAAAUAUGGGUGUUUUUGGCGGAUCGAUACUGAGCGAAAGAGGAGACAGCUGUGCUCUAAGCUUUUCCUCUCCCAGAUCAAUGGAAAAUAACACAUCAGAGCGAAAAAGCUUGACAUGCCAUCGAGGAGGAUGUGAUGUCGCAGACUCCGCCAUCACCUAUGAACCCGCCACACUUAUUUCACAAGCCCCCUGCGAUGAGAACAGUGUAUCUGAUUCCCAUGCACUGUGGAAGGUAAAAUCUGCACAAUUCAGUCAAAGUGCAUUUCUUAAAAUGAAACGCACGCGAUUCUUUUAUCUUUCUCUCCCACAAAUGGACCGGUUCUGAGCCAUGAGCCGAGUUCUCACUCGUCACUCAGGUGAGCCCCAUCACUCUUGAGGGAUGAUUGAUCCUCCACCGCAGCUCUGCACUGACCUAAUGACGCAUUCCGGUACACCCAUCAUAUUCUACCCUUCCUGUGAUCUGCUCAUUGUUCUUAUCCACGUGUACGGCCUUACGGGACGUAGCCAGGCACCAGCGUUGGUCCAGGCUGCGUUGGUCGGUCGUUGCUGGCCCUUUAACAGCUGAGGCAGCUCCUGUCCUGCUGACUGGGUUUUUUUUGGCCAUUCACGGCUGAGGUGCGUAUCGCAUAACACCGUUCCUCCUUUAAAAUGAGCACCAACCGCUCAAGUACAGCUCAGAUGGGCAGAACAGGCUCCCCUGACCUCGUCGCUCAUCGGGGUCCGCCUGCAGGGAUCUGCACCUCCAAGCGCCAAACAGAGAAGCACCCGCAGCCCUGACCGGACGGGACGCGGGGCCGGCCACACAGCAUGGGGACGAAAAUCAAGUGGCGGAAGGCGAAGAAGAUUCGCAACGAUGUCAUCCCUACGGCCAAGGCCAGGGGCUACGAACUGCAGUUCUGGCACGCCCUCAUGGUGGGCGACGACAUCACCAUCGUGGGCAUCGCCGACGACCCCGAGUCCAGCCAUGUGGUCAACGCCAUUUACGACACCAGCAACAUCGACGAGUGGAAGACCCACAGGCUGAACUACAGGAGUCUGAGACUAUGGUCGCUGACCUACGAGCAGGAGCUCACCACCCCGCUGCACAUUGCGGCCAGCCGCGGUUAUGCUGACUGCCUCCGACACCUGCUGCAGCGAGGCGCCAACGUGGAGCUGGCUCCCGGGGGCACCACAGCACUGCACGAGGCUUGCGAGGGCGGCCACAGCGAGUGUGCCCGGCUGCUGCUCUCCUACGGCGCCAACGCCAACGCCACCAACGAGGAGGGCCUUGCGCCGCUGCAUAUGUGCAUCUUCCCCGAGUCCCUGGAAUGUGCCAAACACCUGCUGCAAUUUGGCGCGGCGGUCAAUGGGCGGAGCCUGGAGGAGGACGACACGCCGCUGCACGUUGCGGCGCGGCACGGCCUCCCGGACCACGCCGACCUAUAUCUGCGGUACGGUGCCGCCUUGGACAGGCAGAAUGACGAGGGCCAGACGCCCCUGAUCACGGCCUGCGCCGAGCCGCAGGCGGCCGAGGACCUGCAGCGCUACCACCAGGUGUGCCGGCUGCUGGUGAGCGCCGGGGCCAAUGUGCGCGCGGAGGACCGCGACAGCCAGACGCCGCUGCACAUGGCCAGCAAGAACGUGAACGCCGACGUGGCCGAGCUGCUGCUGCAGCAGGGCGCCAACGUCAACAACAUGUGCUACAGCGGCGAUACACCCAUGCACAACGUGCUCAAGGCCGUGGCCUACAAGGCGGCCACCCACCACCCUGAGCGCAUCGUCCGUGCCCUGCUCAACUACGGCUCCACCCGCGUCUGGCCCGGGGCGCUGCCAAAGUUGUUAAAACACUGCUGUAAAUCACCUCGCACCAUGGAGGUCAUCCUGAAUGCUUACGACCGCCUCAAAAUCACAGACACCUGGAGGGAGGCUGUCCCCCAUGAGGUCUUCCAGGAGCACAGGGGGUUCUACGAGUCCGUGUUCGUCCUGACCCAGAUGCCGCGCUCACUCCAGCACCUGGCUCGCUGCAAGGUCCGGGGUCUCCUAGAGGGACGCGUGCCCCACGUUGUGCCCAAGCUGGGUCUGCCCACCUUCUUGCAGAAAUACUUGCUCCUGGAGUUCCGGGACUACAUCCACUGAUGAGGUAGAAGAAAUGGAUGAGCUUUCUGUCUCUGAGGGACCCUUGGAACACUGAUUAAGUCCUCAAGGCUGACAAACCUUCAGAACCAAGCAAGCACUACACUUCGCAGAAUGGCAUGGAAUAUAAUUUUAGAUAUGUACAACUAACUUAAAGUAUACACUUGCAUUAAUUGUAUUUGUAUUUUUGUGCUGAAAACUAACGGUUUAUAAACAAUUGUUUAUCGUAUUGCUUUAGACUGAAAACUAACCCCAAAAUGUUAUUUUGUGUCGCUAUUUUUUUGUGUUAUUUAUUUUUGUUAGGUUGAUAUACAUAUAGUGAUAUGUUUUUUUUCACGUAAGGUAUUUCCAAGGUUCUGUUUCCAGUACAGCAACAAGAUAUUCGUGUAUUGGCUGACAACAACUAAUCGUCCACAAGAGGGGGCCCUAACCUUGAAAGUGCGUCAAACAUUCAAAUAGGACCUGUGUCUUGAUACUCCUUUAGAAGAAACUUUCGGCAUAUUUUCAGGAAAAUGUAAACAACUUCAAAUUAAAUAAGAGUUAAGCAUAAGACAAGCACAAGAAUGUAAGAUGGCCGCAGACCACUUCACGGAUGUUUUUUCGUAAUGGUAGGAUAUGGUAAAAUAAUACAAUUUGACACGUGAGUAUCAAACAAUUUUUAAUUUGACACUUUACGCAGAUCUAUGAUAUUAAGGAUAGUUUUUACGAAGGAUGACCAUAUAACAUAACGAAUUCGUUUAUUCUACCAAAAACUUUUAUCCCGUAUUGGUCAAUACAGGGUAAUGAAAGCACCUUGAUUUUAAAUAUAACCUUCUCUGAGAAAUAUCCCUGCUUAAGAACAUGAAAAUUGCUGGCUUACAUUUUGUAUUUUCAUACAUCAGAAACUAUUGUUUAGUGAAGGCAAUCAUUUUCUGAACUUUUAAUGAACAUUCUUCAUAUACGUAUUUUACAAGACGAGUUUAUUUGUAAUUGUAUAGCUUUGUUACACAAACACCACGGUGUGAAUGCUGUUUUUUCCACGUAGCAGAAUGUUGCAAAUGAUUAAAUUCUCAUAAAACUAUUUCCUCAA